ACAUCAGGUCUCUGUGAGUCGUGUGAGACGUCUGCCCUCUCCGUGUUGUGAGUCGUGAGGAUUGUGAGGUUUGAGAGAGUGACUUAACACAGUCGUCAAGCCGUGAGCGAGAUGGACGGCGCUGGUUGUGUGUACCAGCAGAUGGUGCACGCCUUUACCGACGCCUACACCACCGCCCUCUACACCGCCCGCCCGCCCACGCCCGACAGUGAUUACGGCUCUCUGAGUCCCGCUUCAACGCCGCCUCCAAGUCCCACUCGACUGUGUCCCUCCACCACGGCGACCUCCACCAACCCCAGCGACGCGUGGGGGCUGUUCACCAUGGCCACCACACAGCAGAACACCUCCACCUUCUCCACCUACCAGGACUACGCCCAGCUGUACUCUGUAGCAGGAACACCCGGGCUCUUCACCAAGCAGACUACCCCAACCAAGACCUCCAUCAGCCCGCGGACCACCACCACCACCACCUCCCAGCACCCCAUCAAGAGCGACACCUACAGAGUAACUAACUACCAGACGGGGAAGAACCUCUCCUCCACCAAGCCAUCUGCCUCACCUCUCGUGUCCAUAGAAAACAAACGGGAGCAACAGAGACUAGGAGGAUCCACUGUGCCCCAGAACACGUGUAGGACCCCUAAGCCCCCACGUGGCAGCAGUCGUUGUGGCGUCCGGAAGCAGCGAACGGGACGGGAAGUGACUGACGGCGUGAGGAAGAAGAGGAGACUCGCAGCCAACGCCAGGGAGCGACGCAGGAUGGAUAAUCUCAACAAGGCUUUCGAUCGUCUGCGGUCAGUUCUGCCGCAGCUGUGUGAUGACCGCAAGUUGUCCAAGUAUGACACUUUACAGAUGGCUCAGACAUACAUCACUACGCUGGCAGACUUAUUAAUAUAGUCUCUACCCCGCGCUCGCACUGGGAUUGACAACGUAGCCUCUAUGUAGCCUGACAAAGACUACGUAGCCUGUGGCGUGGCAAAAGACUAUCUACGUAGCCUGUGUAUGUGGC